AUGUCUAAUGAAGCAACUAAUUACCAUCAUAAUCUCUAUAAUAAUCACUCUUCCAUGUCUAAUGAAGAUCAUCAAUCUAUAUUAGACAAUACUAAUUUCUUCUCAUUUUUUGAUAACCCUAAUAAUUUUAAUACACCUUGUGUAGAUAAUAAUAAUAAUAAUCCAUCUAAUAAUGAUGAUACUUAUUACAACUUUAAUGAGUUCUUACAUGGUUCUUCUAUGGAUUACCCUACGCUCGCGAAGAGCGUAGGGGUAUCCCCUACUUCCUCUGAAGUGUUUUCCUCCGUUGUCGACGAAAACCCGGCAAUGGCCAAAGAAAAGGAGGCAGCGGCAGGUGUUGUUGUUGGAAAUGGGGGCAAUCCUAGCACUCCUAACUCUUCCAUCUCUUCCUCUUCUACGGAAGCCGGUGGCGCCGAUGAUGGUUCAGUUGGGAAGAAAGAUAAUAAGCAGCACCCUAAUAAAGCGGUUGAUGAUCAAGAUGAGUUAAAGCAAGGGUAUGUUCAUUAA